AUGGUAGGAAGUGAAGUGACAACUCGUCCAAGGCUUGAAGAACAAUGCCCGGUAUGCGGUGAUCGUGUGUCCGGUUACCAUUAUGGUUUGCUCACUUGUGAAAGUUGUAAGGGCUUUUUCAAGCGUACGGUACAGAACAAGAAGAGUUAUCAAUGUGCAGCGUCUUCAAAUUGCCCAGUAGACAAAGCCGGUCGUAAACGUUGCCCACGAUGCCGUUUCGCAAAAUGUCUACAGCAAGGCAUGAAAAUCGAAGGUAAUCGAUAA